UGUUGUUUGAAAUAAUUUCAGACUAGAAAAUGCGACCUAAUUAUAGCACUCAGGCAGGUGCACAGCCAUCUGCAACUGUCAUGCAUCAUGGUGGUGCCGCCUACAGUAACAGUCGAGGACCGUCUGGACCUCCGAAUCCCGCAGGGUCGAACUCGAAGCACUACCCUGGAACAAAUCCUAGUCAUCCAAACGCAACGUCAUCGGGAAGUCAUAGAGGAGGGUCAGCACAUCAGUCAGGAGGGAACCCUAGACCCAGAGGCCGACCACCUGGCAGCGGGUCGAAAACAGGAUCCAACGCUGGAGGAUCUGCUGCUAAUAAGCCUCCAGUUAAAAAGAAAAAACUAGCAGACAGAGUUAUCCCUUUGGAACUAACAGAAAUAGUUCCAGAAUCGGAGUCUUAUAUGGAGCUGUUGGACUUUGAGAAGAAACUGGACACGACUAUUAUGCGAAAAAGACUCGAGAUUCAGGAGGCCUUGAAGCGACCCCUGAAAGUGAAAAGGAAGCUUCGAGUCAUGAUAACGACGCAGCUUAAUGUUCCACCUGAAGCUAAAGACUUGGAGGACAAGCCGGUUCUCCAAUGGGAAAUGAGAGUUGAAGGCAAACUUGUGGACGAUCCCCAAAAACAAAGAAGGAAGUUUUCUACUUUUUUCAAGUCUCUGAUUAUCGAAUUGGAUCGAGAAAUUUAUGGACCAGACAACCAUUUGGUGGAGUGGCACAGGUCGGCAAAUACAGAAGAAACGGACGGUUAUCAAGUAAAAAGGCCUUGUGAAGAAAGCGUGGACUGCAAAUGCACGAUUCUUCUAGUUCUGGACCACGACCCACCGCAGUACAAGUUGGAUCCAAGGCUAGCCAGACUGCUAGGACUCACGAGUCAAAGCAGACCGGUGAUAAUUGAGCAUUUUUGGCAAUAUGUGAAAACAAAUAAGCUGCAAGAUCACGAAGAACACGAGUAUAUAAAUUGCGACAAGUAUCUCGAGAAAAUUUUUGACUGUAAAAGAAUGAAAAUUUGUGAGUUUCCAAUCAGGCUGAACCCUCUUUUAUCAGCACCCGAGCCUAUUAAGAUAUGCCAUCAGAUAGACGUUUCUCCGGGCGAACCGAAAAAGACAAAUGUUUUUGAACUAGACGUAGAAGUUGAUGAUGUAGUUAAAGACCAAAUGAAAACUUUCCUUCUGUCGACUCAGAGUCAAAAUGAGAUUCUCAAUCACGACACGAAAAUUCAGGAGAACAUUUCGAUUAUCAAGGGUCUCAAGAUGAAUCGCGAUUUCUUCCAAAGUUAUUCAAGCAACCCGAAAGAGUUCAUUCACGAGUUGCUAGCUUCUCAAAGUCGAGAUUUGAAAACGAUGACAAGUCAAGCAGGGAAUCCGGAGAAGGAGAGAAGGGCUGAGUUUUAUCAGGAUCCUGGUUGGAUGAAUGAAGCGGUAGGCAGAUACAUAAACAGUCAAGUUGAAGGCCGCAGGUUAGAACUGGAGCAGUCUAUGAAGGGAUGAUUUGAUAGAGGGAGUUCUGUCCGAAAAUUAUUUUUGCUAAUUAUGUCCAGUAUUUAAUUUUUUUUGUUAAUGAUUGUAGUAGUUGCAUUGUACGAUGCUUUUUGUUAUCCUCUAUCGUUUAAAAAUUAAAUGUCUCUGUA